CGUCUGUUUCCUUAGCCCAUUCUUUGCUGUGUUUAGUGCAUAUGCAAUUCCUGCCACUUGCAAGCAUCCCCGAGCAGAUGUUCGACUGGGCUGCCUUUACAAAUGUGACCCUUGCAGCACCCAUCCUACUUCUUAACUACCCUGAUUCGAGCGACUGCCCAACUGAUGAGCAGACCAUUGCACCACAUCAGCAAUGAUUUGAAACACAUGGAGGUCGA